AUGGGCAAGAUGGACAACACCUCCGUGGAGCUGAGCUCUCCCUCCGAGGUGAAGCAGGCAGCCCUGGAGGAGCCAGAGCCCAUCAGCCCCGAGGUUGUGAGCACCAAGAAGAAGAAGAAGAAGGAGAUCCCAGACAGAGGUUCCUGGAAGGGGAAAUUUGACUUCUUGCUGUCCUGUGUGGGCUAUGCUAUCGGUCUGGGCAACGUCUGGCGCUUCCCUUAUCUCUGUGGCAAAAAUGGAGGAGGGGCCUUCCUCAUCCCCUAUUUCCUGACACUGGUGUUUGCUGGGAUUCCUCUCUUCCUGCUGGAAACUGCUCUGGGCCAGUAUACCUCUAUUGGUGGACUGGGAGUCUGGAGAUUAGCACCCAUGUUCAAAGGUGUGGGACUGGCAGCCAUGGUUCUGUCCUUCUGGCUGAACAUCUACUACAUUGUCAUCAUUGCCUGGGCCCUCUACUACCUCUUCAACUCUUUCACUGCGGACCUGCCGUGGCAGAGCUGUGGGAACCCCUGGAACACAGACCGCUGCUUCUCCAACUACUCCCUGAACGACACCACCAACCUCACCAGCGCCGUCACCGAGUUCUGGGAGAGGAACAUGCACCAGAUGUCCGGAGGCCUGGGGGAGCCUGGCGCCGUCCGCUGGCCCCUGGCUGGCACGCUGGCCCUGGCCUGGCUGCUGGUCUACUUCUCCAUCUGGAAAGGUGUGGAGUGGACAGGCAAGGUGGUGUAUUUCUCAGCCACCUACCCCUACUUCAUGCUUUUCAUCCUCUUGUUCCGGGGAGUCACGCUGCCAGGAGCCAAGGAGGGGAUCCUCUUCUACCUCACACCUGACUUCAGGAAGCUCUCUGACUCUGAGGUCUGGAUGGAUGCAGCCACUCAGAUCUUCUUCUCCUACGGCCUGGGGCUGGGCUCCCUCAUUGCUCUGGGCAGCUACAACACUUUCCACAACAACGUCUACAGCAUAUUUGCUGGAUUUGUUAUUUUCUCUAUCAUUGGCUUCAUGUCACACAUCACAAAGAAGUCGGUGUCAGAGCUGGCCUCCUCAGGCCCUGGACUGGCUUUCCUCGCCUACCCGCAGGUUGUCACACAGUUGCCCUUGUCCCCACUCUGGUCAAUCCUCUUCUUCUCCAUGCUGAUGAUGCUGGGUCUGGACAGUCAGUUCUGCACUGUGGAAGGGUUCAUUACAGCCCUGAUGGAUGAGUAUCCUCAAGUCCUAAGAGCCAGGAAGAAGAUCUUCAUCGCAGUAGUCUGCUUCAUCUCUUAUCUCAUUGGAUUCUCCAACAUCACCCAGGGUGGCAUUUAUGUCUUCAAGCUGUUUGAUUACUACUCAGCCAGUGGCAUGUGUCUUCUUUUUCUUGUCUUCUUUGAGACCAUCUCAAUUUCUUGGUGUUAUGGUGUGAACAGGUUUUACAGGAACAUUGAAGAAAUGAUUGGCUACAAGCCUUGCAUCUGGUGGAAGAUCUGCUGGGCUUUCUUCACACCUCUUGUCUGCCUGGGUGUGUUCUUCUUUAGUGUGGUGGAGAUGACCCCUCUGACACUGGGAAAAUACGUCUAUCCUGUGUGGGGACAAGGCAUCGGUUGGCUCAUGGCCCUGUCCUCCAUGUUUCUGAUUCCAGGGUACAUGCUCUACUCUUUCUUCACCUCAACAGGGACUCUCCGGCAGCGUUUGCAGCAGAUGACACAGCCCAGGCCAGAGGUGCACCCUCAGAACAAUGGCCUCCAGCCGAAGACGUCCUUGAACGGGAGGAUCUCGGAUGCCGCCGUGUAG